AUUCCAAUAAUCCUGAAAGCAAGAAGUUAUGUGUUAUAACUCCAUUUUGUUGAUAAAUAUCGAGUGGUACACAAGGAGAACAUGUAGAUCAAAGGAGCAAGGUAUUAAUUUAGGGCAAAUAAAAUUGUGCUACAGAUCUCUGAGAUAAUCUGUUGUUUUUCUACUCGUUUACUUAUUGAAAAUUACAGUAACAUGGAGCCAUUUAAAUUUAUGUCAAGAUUUAUUUUGAAAAUAUCAUGAUCUUGAUUAUCACAUCAAACAAAAAAUCAGUUUUGCAGAACUAGAUAGAAAGGGUAAUUUGAGAUGCAUAUUUUUCAUAUGCAAAUAAAGAAAAAAGAUUAAGAGAGCAUUUCAAAAUAUGCUCAUAUUUAUAAGACAUAUAUUGUUCCAGAAACAGCUAAUUGUCAUUGCCAUAACCAUUACCAAUGUUUUUUGUCUCUGAUGAUCCCCAGGAGAAUUUGUGUUGACAAUACAUUUAAGCAGCAACGGAAGACUACAGAAAAGUGAAUGUGUGAAAGAAUAAUAAGAAAUAAGAUACCCAACAGAACAUCUUCUAAGUUACAUUCAUUUCAAAAUAUUUCAGAUGACUCUAUCUUGGAUAUCGAAUGGAACGGAGAUGGUAUUUGUUACCAGUGUGCUCACUAUACACUGGAAUCACCAUUUAAUGUACAAAGAUCAGUGUCUCCACUACUUACUCAUCAUUGCCCCAUUGCAAAUGGUUGCUGAUCCUGGAUUACCAAAAGAGUUGUUCAUAUGAGCAAUCAAGAUGAGUUUGGCAAGCUAACACUAUUUACAUUCACAGUCUGGAUUGUUGCUACAAGAAGAUUGUUGCAUAUGUCUUCUUUCGAUAUAAGAGAUCAGUCUGCAGCAGAUGAACAGACCCAUAGAUCUAGAAAGAGUUCGUAGGAAUAAAAAAAGUUAUAAUAGCAAUAUUUGGAUUCUUAUUAAGAAAAGUGCUGUUUCUAAGGUAAUUUUAUAUUCUCUGAAAGAUUCUUUUGGUUGCAGAGAUGCCUGGGAGAAGCAUUUAACAGGUAUUCAGGUAUGAACUACAUUAUUAUCUGUCUUAGUAAAUAGUUUUUAUCUCAACUCACGAGUUCUAUAUUGUUUCCAAUUCUCUCCCUCAUUCCAUUUGGGGGAGUGAUUGGUUGUGUUCAGCAGCUUGCUGGGUUAAACCAGAACAUUACCACAAUUUCAAAUAAAUUAUAUUAAAAUAAUAUUCCAGAUAUAAUUUCUAAUGAAAAUAAAAUGCACUUUAUAUGCUUAUUGUUUCUGAUAUAAUUCCACACAUACAUUGCAUUUCUAUUUAAACAUAUAAUUUAGUUUUCUGUUCUAAAUAAUAAUGCAAUACAAAAACCUCAUUUCACUCUCUGCUCUGUUUUUUUUUUUUUUUCAUUUCUUCAUUCAGGACUGUGUAAUAUUUUGUUUCAGUAAUGGUUGCUUAUUUUGAAAAGUGAAAAACUUCCAGUGUCUCCGAACAAAUUACAUUCCUCCCCUGCACAGCAGUCUGAGAAUUCAAGACCAAGGCUCCUGAUUGUUAAGUCCCUUCCCGUGCAGUUUGCGAGGCAGACUGCUAUGGAGAUAAUAGCUCUAGGGCAGAGUCUAGUUUAAUUUGUAUAACAAGUCAUGGAAAUUUAUAUCAAUAACUGUGUAACUUAAUGUAAGUAACAUUAAGAAAGGAUGUAAGCUCCACUGAGGUCACAACCUCAGUAACACUAUCCUCAGACCUCAUGUUGCCUUCUCCAUCUGACACUACCAUUGGGUGAUUUUCAUUCUGCUGCUCCAUGGGAUUGCUCUCUGAGUCCCCAUCCUCAGCUCUUGUUGGCAUAUUUUGAGAAGAUUUUACCUCAAGAAAAUAAACGAAAGCUAUACGCCACAAAGUGAGGAACAUCUCAAGAAAAAAUGUGCAGUGUUUCCUAGUGCACAAAAAUUGUGCUGUGUGGCACAAGACAAUAUUAUCUGAUCAAAAGAAAUACGCUGUAUUUUGCACUAGGUAUACAAAUAUAUCUACUUGGAUUUGUUUCUUUGCCCUGGAAAUAAGAGCAGGUUUCAUAAUCAAAUGCUUUUAAUGAAGUUUGUUUGUUAAUUACAUAAUACUCCACCUUCUGUAUUAAGAUGCAGUCUUUAAAUUUAUUUUUCCUCAAUUAUCCUUAAAACUGGCAAAUUGCCACUGAGGAUUUUUUUUUUGAGUGUUAUAUGCAUAUUGUAUUAAAGUCUUUCAACAGGUUGUAUUUAAUCCUUGAGAAUUUUCAUAGAGAUUUAUUACAGAGGUACACCUAAUACAGUAAGUGCUAAAGUUGUUCGGAUAGUCGUAUCAUCCAUUCUUUCCUCUAGAAGAAUAUGAGAAUAAUCAGCUCACAUAUGGUGAAUAGCGUUAGGUUACAGCAUAAAAUUGGUGGAAAAAAAUCAAAGUGAAGGAAUUUAACAAAAUCCUCCACAAUCACCCUUCAUACAGGUGUAGUAAAGGAAAGAUGCAGUGGUUCAGCUACGAAACACAGAGAUAAACAUAGACUGAAAUAGAUAAUAAGGAAAAAAAAUGGCAUAAAAUAACUUUUUGGGCUUUACUGACAAUCUACAGUAAAGCCUUUACUGAUACGGAACAAUGUAUUUUUAGAUGGGUUACAUAAUAUAUUGUUCUACUCAGAGAAAGGAAAAAAGAGCUGGAUUAAGAUUUUUUCUAUCCAUAUUUGAAAAACAUUAAGGUUACUGAGCUGUGGUCAGAUGUGACUGUAAACAUAUAUCUGAGGAAAAUGUACUGCAGAUGAUUUUAAAAAAAGCAACUGUAUGCCCCUGUAAAUGAAAUUAUAGGAGUAGAAUUCAAGAAAAGAGCAUUGUAUCAGAAUUUUUAAAAUCUGAGACAGCUUCAAGGGCUUGCUUUGGCUGUUGUUUUUAAGCACUUUUUCACAAUAGCAUUGUACAGCAAGUAAUCAGUCCCUGAAAGUUCACACGUAUACGGUUUUGAACUCUUACGGAGAAGUGUAGUAAGAAAAAAACUGUAAAAUCCUACUCGAUGCUUUGAAAAUUUACCUCCUAGUGUUCUUGAGAAUUAUUUCACCCAUGUGGAGAGGAUUAGAAGGAAGGUAGUAAUUAACUGAGUCAAGAUCUUUAAAAAAAAAAAAGUUAGAAACACAAGUUCCUUAAAUCAAAACACUUAUAGGUGAUCUGGGGAAGUUCAAAAGCUGUAAUCCUUAAAAUCCAUUUCUUGUUGUUACAAGAUACUAAUGCAAGAGUGCAUUAUCAACAGUCAGUAAAUGGGAAAACAAGAUUUAUUCUCCAAAUAGAAACUUGGGAGUUUUACACUCCCUGACAUCUUUUAAAGCUUCAAUAAGGAGACUUCUGUCAGUUUCUUGACAGACCAUUGAAAGAAGUGUUAUCUUUUGUUUUAAGGUGGCAAUUUUGAACACUACCAUAUCAUCUUCUGUGUUCCUUUGUGUCUUUACAAAUUUGUUUAGAACUAUUUUUUUGUGUAUGACUGAGUCUCAAAUUUGUAGUUUUUCCAACAGUGAAACAGAAGAUAACCACAGCUGACCCCAAUUACAAUCAAGAUUGUACAGACUUUUUCAUAUAUGCUGAAUGAGUUGGCCUGUAAUAACAAAACAUAUAUUUAUAGAAUUCUUCUUUUCUACCUCCCUGAAGCUACACACUGACCAAGAUAAAGGAGAUGGAAAUUUAAAAUACAUAUUAACAGGAGAUGGGGCUGGCAGUCUGUUCAUUAUAGAUGAAAAUACAGGAGAUAUUCAUGCCGCAAAGAAAUUGGACAGAGAAGAAAAAUCCCUGUAUGUGCUACGUGCCAAGGCUAUAGACAGAAAGUCUGGAAGACAAGUGGAGCCAGAGUCUGAAUUUAUCAUUAAAAUCCACGAUAUCAAUGACAAUGAACCAAAAUUCACCAAGGAUCUGUACACCGCCAGCAUUCCGGAGAUGUCUGGAGUUGGUACAUCUGUUAUUCAAGUGACAGCCACAGAUGCUGAUGAUGCCAACUAUGGAAACAGUGCCAAAGUGGUGUACAGUAUUCUCCAGGGACAACCAUAUUUCUCAGUGGAUCCAGAAACAGGCAUAAUCAAAACUGCUCUACCGGACAUGAGCAGAGAAAACAGGGAACAGUAUCAAGUGGUCAUCCAGGCCAAAGACAUGGGAGGCCAGAUGGGAGGACUAUCAGGGACCACCACGGUGAACAUCACACUGACUGAUGUCAAUGACAAUCCACCUCGAUUUCCUCAGAGCACCUACCAGUUCAGCUCUCCUGAAUCUGCACCACCUGGGACUCCUCUUGGCAGAAUUAAAGCCAAUGACCCUGAUCUGGGUGAAAAUGCAGAGAUUGAGUAUAGCAUCUCCAAUGGGGAUGGAUCAGACAUGUUUGAUAUCGUCACUGACAAGGAUACACAGGAAGGGAUUAUAACUGUCAAAAAGCAGCUGGAUUUUGAAAAGAAGAUAUUAUACACCUUAAGAGUGGAGGCAACAAACACUCAUCUGGAUCCUCGUUUUCUUCAGUUGGGGCCAUUCAAAGACACGGCUUUAGUCAAAAUUUCUGUAGAAGACAUAGAUGAACCUCCAGUGUUCAGCAGAUCCUCAUAUUUAAUAGAAGUUGAUGAAGAUGCCAAGGAAGGAAGCAUUAUUGGGCAGGUUGUAGCCCAAGAUCCAGAUAUAGCAAAGAAUACAAUAAAAUAUUCUGUGGAUCGACACACUGACCUGGAUAGAAUAUUCAACAUCUAUUCAGGAAAUGGAUCCUUAUUCAUCUCAAAGACACUUGACCGGGAAGAAACUCCCUGGCACAACAUCACUGUCAUAGCAACUGAAAUCAAUAAUCCAAAACAAAGUAGCCAGAUACCUGUCUUCAUCCGGAUUUUAGACAUAAAUGAUCAUGCACCAGAAUUUGCCAAAUACUAUGAAACAUUUGUCUGUGAAAAUGCAAAAGCAGGACAGCUGAUACAGACUGUGAGUGCAGUUGACAAAGAUGAACCUCCUCGAGGACACAAAUUUUUCUUUGAGUUGGUGCCAGAAUUUGCUGUUCAUCCAAACUUCUCCAUUAUAGACAACAAAGACAACACAGCAGGAAUUAUGACUAGAAGAAAUGGAUACAGCCGAAGUAAGACAAGUACCUAUCUCCUGCCAAUCAUAAUAUUUGACAACGACUACCCUGUUCAGAGCAGCACUGGCACACUGACCAUCCAAGUCUGUGCCUGUGACAGCCGAGGGAACAUGCAGUCCUGCAACACAGAGGCCCUGCUCCUCCCUGCAGGCCUCAGCACAGGAGCACUGAUUGCCAUUCUCCUCUGCAUCAUCAUCCUGCUGGUGUUAGUUGUCUUGUUUGCAGCCCUCAAGAGACAGAGGAAGAAAGAACCCUUGAUCAUCUCGAAGGAUGAUGUUCGAGACAAUAUUGUGACAUACAAUGAUGAAGGGGGUGGGGAAGAAGACACCCAAGCUUUUGACAUUGGCACAUUGAGAAAUCCAGAAGCAAGGGAGGAAAGUAAGAUGAGAAGAGAUGUCUUACCAGAAACUAUAUUUCAGAUAAGACGGACUGCACCACUUUGGGAAAACAUUGAUGUUCAAGAUUUUAUUCAUCGAAGGCUAAAGGAAAAUGAUUCAGACCCAGCUGCCCCUCCUUAUGAUUCACUAGCAACGUAUGCUUAUGAAGGAAAUGAUUCCAUAGCAAAUUCACUCAGCAGCCUGGAAUCGCUCGCCACGGAUGGCAACCAAGACUAUGAUUACCUCAGUGACUGGGGACCUCGAUUUAAAAAAUUAGCAGAUAUGUAUGGUGGAGAGGAAAGUGACAGAGACUGAGGAAGUAAUCUGUGACCUGGUCAGUGUUAGUGGAAUUCAUGUCUAUGUUACUAGAUAAAGUGGCCUACUCUCUCUUACUUGGGAAUUUUUUUUUUUUACAAAAAAUAGACGUUGUCUUAGUAAGGAUUUGCUUAAUCAAUAAAUCAACAUAAAUGAUUACAAAUGAUUUAGAUUAAAAAAAUCUAUAUUUCACCCUCUCUGCCUAGAAAUCUCUGAUGAAAGGUUUUCAUUUACAAUGAAAACACAAUAAAAGGCUUUUUGUGCCUUUAAUAAUGAGGUGGAUUUUUUUUUUUAAUUACUUUGCUUUACAUUUCCUACUAGCUGGGACAUUGUGAACCCACACUGUAACAUAAUCUCUAUAGUAUACUUAAAUAAUAAUAAUAUUACUGCCAUAUUUAUUGAGUUAAAGAAUGUCUGUGUGUUGAUUCAUCAUGAUAUUUUUAUAUAUGUAUAUUUAUAUUUU